UCCACAAUAAUAUUCCGAUUACAUUGCUUUUUGCUUCCCUUGAACUGGCGUGAACCAAAGCCAGGGGCUUUGGUCCUUCGCUAGGGUUUGGGGAUUCGCCAUUUGCCACAUCCACCCCUUUACGCUUCCUGUAAUCACCCUCUUACCUCUACAAAUUCCCGUGAUCUUUGUUUUUCUCGGUUCUUCACUUUUCAAGUUCCAAGGGGACAUCAGUGCUGCGGUUUUUGAUGGGUUUCAUUUGAUCUCUGUGGUUCUGGUUCAUUGUAGUAAGGAUCUUGAGGGGAUUUUCUCUAAAGGCUGUGAGUUUGUGACAAUGCCUUCUACUGAUAAUCAGGGGCCUUCUUCUUCAUUUUCCUCAUUUGGGCGUUCAUUAUUCGGUGUCAGGCAAGAACAGGUUCAUUCUGUGGAAGCAAAUCAUGAAUCCGAUUCCUGUAAUUUAGAGCUUGGAUCAUUCCAAAAGCGUGUUACUGAUCGAUUUCAUGACCUUUCUGGGGUUGGUGAUGAUGAAUUGCUCUCAAUUGAUUGGAUGCAGAAGCUCCUCAAUGCAUUUAUCUGCUGCCAUGAAGAAUUCAGAGCCAUUUUGUUGAAUAAUCAAGAGCAGGUCUCCAAACCACCCCUGGAUCGUUUGGUUUAUGAAUUCUUUGAGAGAUCAGUGAAGGCACUUGACAUUUGUAACGCAAGCCGUGAUGGGAUUGAGAAGAUUCGAAUGUGGCAAAAGCAUCUGGAAAUUGUGUUUUGUGCCUUGGAUUUCAAUAAGAGAGCAUUAACUGAAGGCCAGUUCAGGAGGGCAAGAAAGGCACUGAUGGAUUUAGCAUUGGCAAUGCUUGAUGAGAAAGACUCUGCUGGAUCAGUUUUUUCUCACCGUAAUAGAUCUUUUGGGCGACAUAACUCAAGCAAGGAUAAGGAUCAUCACUCACCAGGGCAUUCAAGAUCACAUUCAUGGAGUGUAUCGCGAUCAUGGUCUGCAGCCAAACAACUACAGUCCAUUGCAAGUAACCUGGUUCCUCCCCGUGCGGCCGAGGUUGCUGCAACAAGCAGGCUUGCAAUUCCUGUUUAUACAAUGAAUUGUAUUCUCUUGUUUGUUUUGUGGACUCUUGUUGCAGCUAUUCCUUGUCAGGAUAGGGGUCUAAACAUUCAUUUUUCCGUGCCACGGCAAUAUUCUUGGAGCACUCCAGUUACCUUACUUCACGAACGGAUCAUGGAGGAGUCCAAGAAGCGGGAGCGCCGGAACUCAAAUGGUUUGUUGAAGGAGAUAUAUCAAGUUGAGAUAAGCACGCGCCACUUGACAGACAUGGUAGAUUCAGCUCAGUUUCCAUUGACAGAGGAGCAUAAAAUGGAAGUUGAACAAGAUUUGAAGGAGCUGAGGCAUGUUUCUGAAGCUUUUAGAAAUGGAUUGGAUACAUUGGAGCGCCAAGUGAGGGAGGUGUUCAGGAAGAUUAUGACUUGCAGGACUGAGGGGCUUGAAUACCUUGGCUCAUCAAGUUACACAGAGCAAUGAAAAUGGUGGAUUGUUGCUGAGGUUUCAGAUGUACAAAUUUGCGGAACAUGUAUAUUUUUACAUCUUACCAGCUUUUUUGAGAGGAGGAAAAAUGACUAAGCGAGCAUAGCAGAUAAAUCAUUUAGCUCUCUUAAUGCGUUGUAUUAAUCUCAGUAAAAAAAACAUGUUGGUUAGGUUACAUGUGAAAUAUUCUGUGGUUUCUUUGCUUAACUACAAAUAUAGAAACUGCUUUCAAUUAGAAGGCAAGUGUAUAAUGCCUUCAAGUAAAAUCUUUUGUGGUGAUUUUUUUUUCCUGAGAUGUUGGUGCCUUGUUGAAAAC